AUGGAAGGUGAGGUAUACCAGUUUAGUGGUUUAGCUGUUUCGGAUAUAAUCGGAUUGUUAUCUGGUCAACCUCGGCUCACUCAUUAUGGAAAGGAGAAGACGAAGAUUCUCAAUAUAGAUAUGUUAAUUGAUGGACAUAAAAUGGAGUGCGCAUUGUUUGGUGAAUACGCUGAUGAGUUUAACACAUUGCUUCAUAAUGACACUUCUCUCAGGCAAGUUGUCGUUAUUAAUAUGGCAAGAGUUAAAUUUUAUAAGGGUAAAAAUGUACUGCAAAACUCAAUGUAUGGAACAAAGAUAUUUUUCAACCCUGAUAUUCCUGAGGUCCUUACUAUCAAGCAAAGCAUAAUGGUGAAUCAAAGUCUCACACCAUUCAACAAUCAACUCAAUGAUCCAAGCCAAUUGAAACCAGAAGAUGACUUCUUACGCCUGACGCCGAGGAUGGAUAUUGAGCAAAUGAAGGAGUGCAGAACGGAAAAGUAUGUUGUGUUCCAAACAACAGUGAAGCAUAUAAUUGACCCAGAUGAUUGGUGGUAUGCCGCUUGUGUUUGCCAUAAAUAUGUUCAUCAACGUAAUAAGUUGAACUUCUGUGAUUCUUGCAAUCAACAUCUCUUCAUUGUAUACCCAAGGUAUCAGAUUAAGCUUCGUGCGAUCGAUGACAAAGAUUCUGCUGCGUUAGUCAUUUUUGAUCGUGAGGCUUCUAUAAUGCUAAAUAAGUCGUGUGCAGACUUGAUUCAAAUUCUUGACAAGAAUGGUUCACUACACACUCCGCCAAAUGAAAUACUUCAACUUGCUGAGAAGACAUUCCUGUUCAAAGUUGAAAUAAAGCAAAAUAGAAUGUCAAAUUAUGAAGCAUGCUACCCAGUUAAGAGGCUCACAGAUGAUGUUGGACUAAUCCAAAAGUUCAUUGAAAUGACUCCUAAUCAGUUGUCAGGAAAGGUUGUUGCAUCACUAUCAGACAUUGAAGCAACUCCUAAUACCACUUCUGAUCUGAACAAUUCUUCCUCAUGA